AUGACAGCGCGCGAGUGUCGCUGCAAAUUAAUAAUUAUUACGCCUGGCAACACUGAAACGCGCCGCAAUAUGGCCGCCGAGCAUUGUUGGGAAUCGAUAUUUUAUUCAGUUGACGCAAUUAUCGAUUUGAAUAUGAUUUCAAAUUACAACCAUAAUAGCCAAUAUUCACAUAUUCUCCAUCGCAAUUCAUAUAAUAUAUUGCACCGUCCAUCUCAAGACGGAAUCGCAGCAGUGCAUGAUAAUGAAAGGCCAAUAUUGGGCUCCGAGCUGGACACAAACAAGACCGCACCUAAGAGCUAUCAUCUACUGGGGGUGCCUCCCCUUGGAUCUUACGUAGAAUUGAGAAUAUAC